AUGCGUCUCUCUACCGCCCUCCACGUCGGCCUUGGUCUUACUGUGCUUUGGUGGAAGACCAAAACAACCGAGCAAGCGUUUCUUCCAGCCUUUGGCUCGCGGUGCUUUCCAGCGGUGAGUCAGCCAAAGCCGGCUUUGGGAUCUGCGCGUUUUGCAUGUUCCAGUUGCUUUCCCAAAACUCUGCAUGGACAGAUGCGGAAUUUGACCUUUUCAAUCAACGCUGCGAAGUUUCAAGCUGAAGUGAGGUCAGGUGGUCAGUGUGAUGUGCCAGACGAUCUGGGGCCUGUUCUGGCGGCUUCUGCAGAUUAUUCUCAUACCUGUGCAGUCAAGACUGAUGGUCAACUCGUGUGCUUCGGGGACAACAGAGAUGGGCAGUGCGACGUGCCGGCCGAUCUGGGACCAGUUUUCGCAGUCUCCGCAGGCUAUCUUCACACCAUUGCAGUGCGGCCCAGCGGUGAGUUGGUCUGCUUUGGAUAUAGCAGGCGCGGGCAGUGUGAUUUUCCACCAGAUCUGGGACCGUAUGUGGCAGUCUCCGCGGGUUUGGAACAUACUUGUGCAAUCAGAGCUGAUGGUCAACUUGUCUGCUUUGGGACCAACGGACGAGGGCAGUGUGAAGUGCCAGAAGACUUGGGAGCAGUGUCGGCAGUCUCAGCGGGCUAUCUUCAUACCUGCGCGGUGCAGAGAGAUGGUCAGCUUUUCUGCUUUGGAUCCAACGAAGGCGGCCGCUGCAACGCGCCAGCAGACUUGGGACCAGCUUUGGACGUCUCUGCAGGUUUGGAGCACACAUGUGCAGUGAGGACAGACGGCCAGCUAGUCUGCUUCGGGUCCAACGCGCACGGGCAGUGUGAUGUACCAGCAGAUUUGGGGCCAGUGUUGGCAGUGUCAGCGGGUUAUCUUCACACAUGUGCCGUGCGGAUAGACGGCGAGCUUGUUUGUUUCGGAGACAACGAAGAUGGGCGUUGUGAUGUGCCAUCAGAUCUAGGACCAGUUCUGGCCGUGUCAGCUGGCAGGUUUCACACCGUCGCAGUCAGGACGGACGGUCAGCUUGUCGCCUUCGGAUCCAACGGAGAUGGACAGCAUGACAAGCCUGGCAGCUGGUAA